AUGUCCUACUCGCAGAGUAGUACUGGGUCCACGAACGGGCUCAACUACAACACCUUGAAAACUGCGCAAUCCCUGAACUCCACCCCUCGCGCGACGCCUCCGACGUCGAAAGGGCCGCAAAUAUCCUCGUUCAACAUGUCCAACGGUGCUUCGCGUGGCAGCUUCGCAGGGUAUGAGGGGUCCAAUGAGUAUGGGUCGAAUAUGUCGUAUCAAGAGGAAUACGCGCCGCAGAUCUAUCGGGCCGUAUAUUCGAACGUUUCCGUUUAUGAAAUGGAGGUGAAUGGAGUCGCCGUCAUGAAGCGUCGGUCCGAUUCCUGGUUGAAUGCAACACAGAUCCUCAAGGUGGCCGGUGUGGUCAAGGCACGACGGACGAAAACCCUCGAGAAAGAAAUUGCGGCCGGCGAACAUGAGAAGGUUCAAGGUGGAUAUGGAAAAUACCAAGGGACAUGGGUCAACUACCAAAGGGGUGUUGAGUUAUGCCGAGAGUACCACGUCGAAGAAAUGCUGCGGCCCUUGCUCGAGUACGAUAUGGGCGCUGACGGCACUGGAGCCCCUUCACAAGGAACACUAGAUACACCCACCAAAGAACAGGCCAUGGCUGCGCAACGGAAGCGACUUUACAGCGGUGCGGAAAAUCGGAGCAUGUCCCAGCCACAGCAGGGUACAUUCUUCCAGAACAUUUCGCGCACCGCUGCGACAGCUGUCACUGCGCUCAACAAAGCGCGAUUCGAUUCGCCAAGCGUCAAUAGCAGACGCUCAAGCGUGAUCCGCAAGCCGUCGCAGUCGCAACAGAUGAGCAGUCAGGAGUCGUCCAACAUCGCCUUCAGCAGCCAGCAAAGCAUGUACAUGUCCGAUAGCGGGUUUAGCAGCUUGCAGAACCGGUAUCCCACACAGGAUGACAAUGAUGACUUCGUCGAGCCUCCGCGCAAACGUGUUCGCUCGGAGUCGCAGCAUGGCCCGCCGAUCGGCUUGCAUCGAGAACCCUCUAACUUAUCUAUGCACGAACCUACCCCAACGGAACCCAACGACUCCUUCUACCAAGACAUGGACCUUGCGCCACCGCCGCCCAUCGACGAUGGUCAGAAACGUGGUGUCGAGUCUAUGAUCCCUGCCUCAGAUCCAGAAGGGUUCCAGAAGCAGAGGUUGAUCAUGACCUUGUUCCUUGAUAAGCGCAUCAAGGAUUUCGCCAACCACCCGGCCCUCAUGCAAUUGAGUGGCGAAGAUCUUGAGAUCCCUCUGGAUGAGUAUCGCAACAAUGCUCUCCACUGGGCUGCAAUGCUUGCACGCAUGCCGCUGUUAAAUGCACUGAUCGCGAAGGGGGCGAGUAUCUCUCGUGUCAACCUUGCUGGUGAAACUGCUCUACAAAAAGCUGUGGGCACUCGCAACAAUUUGGAUUACCGAAGCUUCCCUCGUUUGCUCCAGGUCCUUGCACCGACGAUCGACAUGGUUGAUUACAGUGGCCGAACCAUUCUGCAUCACAUCGCCGUCAUGGCAGCAACUGGUGGCGGUGGUCAUGUCUCUGCCAAACACUACCUCGAAUCGUUACUUGAGUUUAUUGUCCGACACGGAGGAAUCAUCGCGCCUACCAAUGGUGAGCAGAAACCAAACGGCAAUUCUGGCAGCGAUGUCAUUUCCCUUGCUCGUUUUAUGUCGGAUAUUGUCAACCUCCGUGAUGAUCAGGGUGACACGGCUCUUAAUCUUGCUGGACGUGCGCGCUCCGUUCUUGUCCCGCAACUUUUGGAGGUCGGUGCUGAUCCUUACAUUCCUAAUCACACUGGCCUGCGACCUGCCGACUAUGGAGUGGGCGUUGACAUGGUUGACGGCAACUCGCAAUCGCAAAAGGGGGAUACAUUCAUUGAUCAGCUGGCGAAGUCGAAGAAGGAGAUUAUCGAUACCGCCACGUCCCAAGUUACCUCCUUGAUUGGGGAGGCACUCGGUGGGAUCGUCCGAGAUUUGGCAUCAAAUUUGACCAAGAAGCAAGAAAAGUUCGAACAUUGGCAUUCAAAGAUCCGCGAAUCUGCCAAGGCACGCCAGAUCGAGCAACAGCAGCUUGACGACCUCAAGCUCAAGUCGUCGGAGCGGGUGGAACUUGAACGACGUAUCAAAAACCUCGAGCGAUCUUCCGAUGGUUUACUGACUACCUUGAAGAGUUCACCUGGCUUUGAUCCCUCGCGCAUCGUCCCUGUUGGCAAUACAGACCGGGACUCAGGCGUUGACGUAGAGACAUUUGAUGCAUUGUUCCCGGAGAAUUUUGAUACCUCGUCCGGAUUUUCUGAACAGCAAAUUGCCUUCCUGGCAACGCUUCCCGCCCCAGAUUCCCUCAACCACCGACUCAAGUCCUACCAGACAUUCAAUGCGGGAAUCAUGGCGGAAGUGGACAGCUUGAAAGCGAAGAAUGCGGUUCUGGGCCAAAACUACCGUCGCAUGGUGAUGGCGUGCACAGGUUGGUCUGCGGAGAAGGUAGAUGAGGCCGCGGAGGGUUUGACACAGUGUGUCAAGGAGUUGAAUGAUAACCCUGUUCCUGAGGACGAGGCGAUCGAGAUCUUGAUGCGGGAUCGCGGUCAGGAUUGGUAG